AUGGCGCAGGACAACGCGGCCUUCUGCGACGUGCCCGAGCCGCCGGGCGGCGAGGCCGAGCCGCCCCCCGCGCCGCCCCGCCGGCCCGGCCCCGGCGGCCGCAAGCGCCAGCGCUACGUGGAGAAGGACGGCAAGUGCAACGUGCAGCACGGCAACGUGCGCGAGACCUACCGCUACCUCACCGACAUCUUCACCACCUUGGUGGACCUCAAGUGGCGCUUCAGCCUCCUCGUCUUCAUCCUGGCCUACGCCGUCACCUGGCUCUUCUUCGGCCUCAUCUGGUGGUUCAUCGCCUACUGCCGGGGCGACCUGGACCACCUGGAGGACCACGCGUGGACGCCGUGCGUCAACAACCUCAACGGCUUCGUCUCGGCCUUCCUCUUCUCCAUCGAAACGGAGACCACCAUCGGCUACGGCCACCGCGUCAUCACGGACAAGUGUCCCGAGGGCAUCGUGCUUCUGCUGCUCCAGGCCAUCCUGGGCUCCAUGGUCAACGCCUUCAUGGUGGGCUGCAUGUUCGUGAAGAUCUCGCAGCCCAACAAGCGGGCCGAGACGCUGGUCUUCUCCUCGCACGCCGUGGUCUCGCUGCGGGACGACCGCCUCUGCCUCAUGUUCCGCGUGGGCGACCUGCGCGACUCGCACAUCGUCGAGGCCUCCAUCCGCGCCAAGCUCAUCAAGUCCAAGCAGACGCAGGAGGGCGAGUUCAUCCCCCUCAACCAGACCGACCUCAGCGUGGGCUUCGAGACGGGCGACGACCGCCUCUUCCUCGUCUCGCCCCUCAUCAUCAGCCACGAGAUCGACGAGCGCAGCCCCUUCUGGGACGUCUCGCAGCAGCAGCUCGAGAAGGACGACUUCGAGAUCGUCGUCAUCCUCGAGGGCAUGGUAGAGGCCACAGGGAUGACGUGCCAAGCCCGGAGCUCGUACCUGGCGGACGAGGUGCUGUGGGGCCACCGGUUCACGUCGGUGCUGAGCCUCGAGGACGGUUUCUACGAGGUGGAUUACGGCAGCUUCCACCAGACCUUCGAGGUGCCCACGCCGAGCUGCAGCGCCCGCGAGCUGGCGGAGGCGGCCGCCCGCGCGGACGCCCACCUCUACUGGUCCAUCCCCAGCCGUCUGGACGAGAAGGUGGAGGACGAUCAGGAGAAGGAAGGGAGGAACCGAGAAGGAACCUAAAGGCGCCGGCGGGCGGUUCCGAGCCCGAGCGCCGGCGGCGGGCGCCGCUCCGGCCCCUGCGGAGGUGAGUACGGGGCCGGCGGGAGCCGGAGCCGAAUUGCGGAAACCGGCCGGGAAGCGGAGCCUUCCCCCCCCCCCACCCCAACACACU